AAAUAACCGGACAGUUCCGGAGGAACCCGGGGAGUUCUGAGUGGUAAUCGAGGGGUUGACUCAGGCAGUGGGCGGAGUCAGUUGGAUACGUUCAAAGGGCGUUGGCGGAAAUUACCGAAGAUGCCCGAAGCCGUCGGGACGGACCCGAGUACCUCACGCAAGAUGGCGGAGCUGGAGGAGGUGACUCUGGACGGGAAGCCUCUUCAGGCGCUGCGGGUGACCGACCUGAAGGCCGCCCUGGAGCAGCGAGGCCUAGCCAAAAGCGGGCAGAAGAGUACCCUGGUCAAACGGCUCAAAGGGGCUCUAAUGCUAGAAAAUUUACAGAAACACUCAACACCCCAUGCUGCAUUUCAGCCAAAUUCUCAGAUUGGUGAGGAAAUGAGCAAGAACAGUUUCAUAAAGCAGUAUCUGGAAAAGCAACAGGAGUUGCUUAGGCAGCGUUUGGAACGUGAAGCUCGAGAAGCUGCAGAACUUGAAGGAAAGAGCUCCUCUGUUUCUGAAGAGAAAGGUGACUCUGAGGAUGAGAGACCAAGGAAAGGAGAACGACGAUCGUCUAGGGUCAGACAGGCAAGAGCAGCUAAACUCUCAGAGUGCAGCCAGGCUGCUGAGGAAGACGAUGAUCAAGAAACACCUUCCAGAAAUCUGAGGGUCAGAGCAGAUAGAAACUUGAAAGCAGAAGAGGAAGAAGAGGAAGAAUUAUUCUUCUCUUUUGAAGAGGAGGAAGAGGAAAGUGAGGGACAAAAAUCUAGAGAGGCACCAAUCCUGAAACAAUUUGAAGAGGAAGAGGAGGAAGAAGAGGUGGCUAAAGCAAACCCAGAAGACUUGAUGGAUGAGAGACCCAAUACUAUGAGAUCCCAGGAACAGGAAGGAUUAGAAAGAGGAGGGAGAGUAACAAGGUCCCAAGAGGAAGCUAGAAGAAUUCAUCUGGCCAAACAGCAGCAAGAGAAAGAGAUGAAAACCAUUUCUCCCUUUGAAGAGGAGGAAAGAGAAGUAAAAUCUUUGGAAGCCUUGGAGGAAAAAUCAAAAUCUCCAUCUCCUCCUCAGUUGACUGAAGACCUAGACAAAGUCCCUCUUGUGCUACAACCAGAACAACCUGCCAGUGAAGAGGAGACUCUUCCACCUUUACUUACCAAGGAAGCCUCCUCACCACCACCUAAUACACAACUCCGAAGUGAAGAAGAAGUGGAGCCCACGGAAGGCCCAGCACCCCCUGUUCUCAUUCAGUUAUCUCCUCCUAAUACAGAUGCUGAGGCCAAGGAGCUGCCAACAUCUCAGCAUACUGUCCAGUUGGUGAGAGGCCUGGCUUCUUUGUCAAGUCCUGCAGACACCAAAGUCGAAUCUCUUGCAGAGAAAGUGCCAGAAGAGAGUGUUCUGCCUCUAGUUCCAAAAAGCACACUGGCUGAAUCUUUAAUACAGAAAAGUCUUGAAACUAAGUCCGAAAAAUCUGCACAGCCAGUCUCCUUUAAUAUUGAAGAAUUAGCACCAGCCAAAGGGGUCACUGAGGAAUCUGUGAAACAGCCAUCUUUGGAACAGAAAGAAUGCAGAAGGGCUUCUCGUUCUCUUCUCCCAAGCCAUGGGUCAAAACAGUCUGCUGAGUCCUCAUCUUCUAGCCGGUCUUCCUCCUCUUCAUCCUCUACUUCUCGAUCAAGAUCAUGCUCUCCUGACAGCUCAGGCUCUCGAUCUCACUCACCUCCACGAUCUAAGCAGAGAGGUGGAUCUCGGGCACGUUCUCACUCCAAUCCUCGUAAUAGACACAAGAUGGACUCCAGAUCAACAUCAGAGUCCAGGUCACACUCCCGUUCUCGUUCCCGUUCAGCUUCGAGCAACAGCAGAAAAUCUUCUAGCCCUCAAGUCUCCAGGGACAGCAGCACCAGCUACAUGGAAACCAAAGAGUCCUCUUCUGGUCAGGAGGUUGCAACUCCAUCAGUGCCACAACUACAGGUCCUUGAGCCAAAGGAGAGGACUGCCACCACCUUGUCUUCUAUCCAAGUGAGGCAUCUGAGCCAGUCUGAGGCACCUGAAGAAAAAUGUGUGACCCAGAGGUUACAACCUGAGCGGGGGAGCCCAAAGAAGUGUGAAGCUGAAGAGGCAGAACCACCAACUGCUACACAGCCCCAAACCUCAGAGACUCAGACCUCUCAGCAACCAGAAUCAGAACAGAUUCAGCACACUGUUGAGGAGAAGGAGGAAAUGAACAUGGACACAACUGAGAACAGACCUGAAAAUGAGGUUCCAGAGCCCCCCAUGCCUAUUGCAGACCAAGUCAGCAAUGAUGACCGCCCUGAGGGUAGUGCUGAAGAUGAGGAGAAGAAAGAGAGCUUGCUGCCUAAAUCAUUCAAGAGGAAGAUCUCCGUUGUCUCAGCUACCAAGGGGGUGCCAGCUGGAAACAGUGACACAGAGGGGGGCCAGCCUGGUCGGAAACGACGUUGGGGAGCCAGCACAGCCACGACACAGAAGAGACCCUCCAUCAGUAUCACCACUGAAUCACUCAAGAGCCUCAUCCCCGACAUCAAACCCCUGGCGGGGCAGGAGGCUGUUGUGGAUCUUCAUGCUGAUGAUUCCCGCAUCUCUGAGGAUGAAACGGAACGAAAUGGUGAUGAUGGGACCCAUGACAAGGGGCUGAAGAUUUGCCGAACAGUCACCCAGGUAGUACCUGCAGAGGGCCAAGAGAAUGGGCAGAGAGAAGAGGAGGAAGAAGAAAAGGAGCCUGAAACAGAGCCCCCUGUAGCUCCCCAGGUUUCAGUAGAGGUUGCAUUACCACCGCCUGUAGAGCAUGAAGUAAAGAAAGUGACUUUAGGAGAUACCUUAACUCGACGUUCCAUUAGUCAGCAGAAGUCUGGAGUUUCCAUUACAAUUGAUGAUCCUGUCAGAACUGCUCAGGUUCCCUCCCCACCCCGGGGCAAGAUCAGUAAUAUAGUCCAUAUCUCUAAUUUGGUUCGUCCUUUUACUCUAGGCCAACUGAAGGAAUUGUUGGGACGUACAGGAACCUUAGUGGAAGAGGCCUUCUGGAUUGACAAGAUUAAAUCUCACUGCUUUGUAACGUACUCAACAGUAGAAGAAGCCGUUGCCACCCGCACAGCUCUACAUGGAGUCAAAUGGCCUCAGUCCAAUCCCAAAUUCCUUUGUGCUGACUAUGCUGAGCAAGAUGAGCUGGACUAUCACCGGGGCCUUUUGGUGGAUCGUCCCUCUGAAACUAAGGCAGAGGAGCAGGGAAUCCCAAGGCCCCUACACCCUCCGCCCCCACCCCCAGCUCAGCCACCACAGCAUCCCAGGGCAGAGCAACGGGAGCAGGAACGGGCUGUGCGGGAACAGUGGGCGGAGCGUGAACGGGAAAUGGAGCGGCGGGAACGAACUCGAUCAGAGCGAGAAUGGGAUCGGGACAAAGUUCGAGAAGGUCCACGUUCUCGAUCACGGUCUCGUGACCGCCGCCGAAAGGAACGUGCAAAAUCUAAGGAAAAGAAGAGUGAGAAGAAAGAGAAAGCCCAGGAGGAACCUCCUGCCAAGCUGCUAGAUGACCUUUUCCGAAAGACCAAAGCAGCCCCUUGCAUCUAUUGGCUUCCACUGACUGACAGUCAGAUUGUUCAGAAGGAGGCAGAGCGAGCCGAACGGGCCAAAGAGCGAGAGAAACGGCGAAAAGAGCAGGAAGAAGAGGAGCAAAAGGAGCGGGAGAAAGAAGCUGAGCGGGAAAGGAACCGACAGCUGGAGCGGGAGAAACGUCGAGAGCACAGCCGAGAGAGGGAAAGGGAGAGGGAAAGGGACCGAGACAGAGGAGAUCGAGAUAGAGAAAGGGACCGAGAGCGGGGCCGGGAGAGAGAUCGCAGAGACACCAAGCGCCACAGCAGGAGCCGGAGUCGGAGCACACCUGUGCGAGACCGGGGUGGGCGCCGCUAG